UGGACUUUGGAGGGCUUAGGGCUAAAGCUGAAAAAGUUGCAGAAAAGCGAGAGAAGAAGAAUAUGGGCAAGAAUUUCCGAAAGCGAAGCGCUCCCGCCGACGAUAACGACGAUGAUCCUGAGAAGCUCAGCGACGACGAACAAGAACGGAGGUUGUUGCUGGAGGAGGUCAAGUUUCUGCAGAAGCAGAGGCGGAGGAGGUCCGGGAUCCCUGCCCUGACUACUGGUUUCGACUCGCCGAAUGAUCCUGCUUCUAAGGAUAAGAACAUUGACAGCAAGACCAAGAGAGCCAGCGGCGGCCAUUCUCCCGGUGGUCAUCACGGCGAAGGCGGCGGCGGCGGAGGAGAUGGAGAGAAUGAUGACUGGGCUUUGAAUAGGACCUUUGCUGAGGAAACUGAAGUGGCCGAUGAAGAUCCGAAUAUGUUGAGUUAUAUUGAAGAUCAGUUGGCAAAGAAGAAGGGCAAGAAAGUGGAGGCGGCGCCGGAGGAGGUGGAGAAUGAGUUACAGCGUGCUGAGGAUGAGCUGUACAAGAUACCUGACCAUCUUAAAGUGAAAAAGCGAAACUCAGAAGAAAGCUCAACUCAGUGGACUACUGGGAUUGCUGAGGUGCAGCUCCCCAUCGAAUACAAGUUGAGAAAUAUUGAGGAAACUGAGGCGGCAAAGAAGUUUUUGCACGAGAAGCGGCUUGUGGGGCAGACAAAAUCAGAAAUUAGCAUGCCCUCAAGUUACAGUGCUGAUUAUUUCCAGCGUGGCAGGGAUUAUGCUGAAAAACUUAGAAGAGAACAUCUCGAGCUCUACAAGGACAAAAGUUCACAGGAUAAUGGUGGUGCUCCCAAACAAAAUGAUACUGGCACAGAUGCAGCAGGACAGAGGCAAGCUGCCACAGAUGAGUUCAUGCUGGAGCGCUUCCGCAAAAGAGAGCGUCACCGUGGAAUGAGGAGAUGAUAUGCAUGUACUCCAACAGUAGAAUACGAAUGGAACUUAAUCUGGAAAGACUCAGAACUCAUCAUUCUUUUGGCGUCAUUCUUUGAUAGCGUUGUACCUGGAUGGCCCUUUACUGGAAGGCAUGCUUACGCUUUUCGGUUUAUUCUGUUCAAGUUCAAUCAUCAUAUGCCUGAGGAAGAAGACUGGAUUCGUUUUGCCAUCCAAACUGUCAUUGUUCUUGGUCAUCUUUAUAAGUAAACUGGACUUGAAUUUUGUUGCCACACUGACUUGCUUUGAUGGGGAAACCUACAACGGAUGAAUGGAUGGAUUGUACUCUUUUCAAUGUACACAAUCUUAUGCGAUCAAGAUCCUCCGAACAAGUUGUAAAAGCAAUAGAUAUAGUUGUGAUCAAGAUUCAAGAACCACGCUUACAUCAUCGUGGAAGUUUUUGUUUUCACCAAUUUGUCCCUGCAAUGAACUUUGCAGUAUCAGUUCAACCUCUAAAUUGUGAAUGUGGCAAUUUGAUGC